AGUUUCCGCACGGUUAUUUUUCCACACUUUUCAGUCACUUUAGCGUCUUUUCAGCUUCAACCCGCCGCUGUCCAACAUGUACAUUUAAUGAACAGCUUUUCAAAGGUGUCCAGCUGUUAUGAACAGCUAUGAGAUUGUGCGUCAGAUCGGAGAGGGAGCGUUUGGGAAGGCCUUCCUGGUCCGGGACAAACAUGGAGGCGGUGACGGGCGCUGUGUGGUCAAGCACAUCAACCUGGCAAAGAUGUCGGCGAGGGAGAGGGAGGCGUCCAGGAAGGAGGUGAUGCUGCUGUCAAAGAUGAAACAUCCAAACAUCGUCGCCUUCUUCAGAUCAUUUCAAGAGAAGAACAGCUUGUACAUAGUGAUGGAGUACUGUGAUGGAGGAGACCUGAUGAAGAGGAUCAACAUGCAGAGAGGAGUUCCCUUCACUGAGGAGCAGGUGCUGGACUGGUUCGUUCAGAUCUGCCUGGGGCUCAAACACAUCCACGACAGGAAGAUUCUGCACAGAGACAUCAAGACCCAGAAUAUCUUCCUCACCAGCGGAGGGAUGAAAGCAAAGCUGGGAGACUUCGGCAUCGCAAGAAUGUUGAAUAACACCAUGGAGCUGGCCAGGACGUGUGUCGGGACGCCGUACUACCUGUCCCCCGAGAUCUGUGAGAGCCGGCCCUACAACAACAAGACGGAUAUCUGGUCUUUGGGCUGUGUCCUGUAUGAACUCUGCACCUUGAGACAUCCAUUUGAAGGCAGCAGUCUGCGGCAGCUGGUGGGUAAGAUCUGCAGGGGGCGCUAUAAUCCAGUAUCCAGCUGCUACUCGUACGACCUCCGCCUGCUGCUCACCCAGCUGUUCAAGGUGAGUCCUCGGGACCGGCCCUCGGUCAGCUCCGUCCUGAAGCGACCCUUCCUGGAGAAACGCAUCAGCAGGCACCUGGAGCCGCAGGUGAUGCAGGAGGAGUUUGGUCAUGCCGUGGUGCACAGAAACAAACCGGCAGCCUGUCCAACCCGGCCAGGAGCUGCACACACUCCAGAGAGGCCUGCAGCCCAGCAGAGGCCUGGAGCCCCGGUCAGGAAACUGCCCCCCAAACCAGAGUGGAGGGUCCCGCUGCGGCUCUACAGCCCCCCACAGCACAAACCGUCCAAUCAGAGAGCAGCAGCGUCUGAUCCAGCCGUCCCACAGGCUGCAGGUCAGCACAGGAGCAGGUGGAACGGCCAGCAGCCUGUCAGCCAUUACCAGCACUACCACGCCCAGCUGGACGCGUUUCAGAGGAGGAAGCAGGACAUGGCUCCUCCUCCUCCUCCUCCUCCCCCUCCUCCUCCUCCUCCCCCCCAGGAGCAGCCAGGGGAGCGCUGUGAGGACAAGCCUGCUCCUCACCAGCUCGUGGCUGCAGCUCGUAAUGAAUACCUGCAGAGACGACUGGAAGCCAACCAGUACAAACUGAGGGCAGAGAAACAGCUGGGUCUGCGUCCGUCUACAGCCGACGGCCAGCGCCACAGGAAGCCCGGCGGCCAGGAACAGGAAGUGGGCGGAGCUCAGGAGCGGAGGCAGGAGGGACAGCAGGAGUACCUGCGUCAGCUGCAGCUGAUCAGAGAGCAGUAUUACCAGGAGAUGAGAGAGCUGAGGAUGAGGGCCGAGGCUGAGGCUCAGCCACAAGACAAACACGUCACGUUCGUGGUGGAGAAGCACAGAGAGCCAGAGCCUCCUGCAGCCAGCAGGGGGCAGCACAGAGCCCCGCCCGCACAGGACAUUGAAGAAGCUCUGAGGAAGAUCAGAGAGGAGAACAGAGAGAGGAGACACGGAGACAAGAAGGGAAUCAUGUUUGAGAUCCGAUUAGAUGAGGAGGAGGUGAAGCAGGAUGGAGAGCAGGAGGAGGGGCCACAGGAGCAGAGGGUGGAUGCUGGAGGAGAAGAGGAGGAGCCGGAGGAAGUGGACGCCCUGAACCGAACUCUGAGCUUCCAGGAGGGAGAGGAGCUGAGGCUCAGGGAUUGGUCGGCAGGACAGGAAGUGGAGGCGAGGAGGGGGUGGAGCCAGGAGCCUCCUCGCACUCUGCUGGAUGCCCUCGCCCACAUGGACGUCUCGUCCUGCAGCAGCAGCCUGGAGGCUGGAGCAGCAGGGGAGGCGGCGGCGGAGGAGGAGGAGCGCAGGCAGUGGGCCGACGGGCCGCCCAGCACCCUGCUCAACGCCCUCGCACAGGCCGAGCUCACCUCGUCCACCCUGGACUCACUGACUCCAGAACCAGAGAACAGAGGAGAGAAGGAGGAGGAGGAAGAGGAGGAGGAGGAGGAGGAGGAGGACUCUGAUGUCGAGGUGGAUGAAGAGCGUCUGGAGCCUCGGUCAGAUGACGAUGACACGAACUUUGAGGAGUCGGAGGACGAGCUGAGGGAGGAGGUGGCCGAUUCCAUGAAGAACCUGUUUGUCAUGGAGGACGGACAGAGCCAUGAGGAGGAAGAGGAGGAGGAAGGGGGCCGUGGUCAGGCUGCUGUGGAGGAUUUCUGUGGCGAGCAGCCAGAGGAGCUGCAGACAGAAGAAAACCAGGACACCAACAAACAAGACCAGACCACCUGAGGACAUGAGAUCCUUUAUUGUGAGUCGGACUGUGAACAACAAACUGGAAUGUCUCCGCUCUUUCUCCUAACUUGGACUGGAACUCAGUCAAAUCUACACUGAGGCUCUGACGCAGCAAAGAA